AUGGUGACGUGGUUGGAGGAAGUACUGAGAGCACUAGAUGAAAGGGAUGAGUUUGAAAAGGCAGAUUCUAAAUAUCAUAGUGCAUUUAUGCAAUUAAAUGAACAGUUACAGUUGGAACGAUCAUUUAGAAAUCAGCAAUUACAAGAAAAUAAUAAUCGUAGUAAAGAUAAUAAUAAUGAAAAUCUGAAAAUAUCCGGAACAGAUGGGAAUGGUUUUAAUUCUGGUAAUGAAACUAAUGAUAAAUAUAAUUCCCUUGAAGCUCAAACUAUUUUAAAGGAAGAUAUACGAUUAAGACAAGAAAAUCAAGAAUUAAUAGAUAGUCUUAAUCGAGUUACAGUAAAAUCAGAACGACUUGAAACUCUAUUAAAGGAUUAUAAUUCUGAAAUAAAGAAAUAUGAAAGAAAGAUUAAUCGUCUAAAAAGAGAUAUAGAAGCUUUAAAUUUACAAAUGGAAGAAAAGAAUAAAUUAAUUCUUAUGUCUAAUGAAGAAGUAUUAUCAAAGAAUCUUGAACUUAAUAUGAAUAAACAAACCAUUUUUGCUCUACGGAAAGAUAUUUUAUCUUUAAAACGUGAUAUUGCCGAUCAGGAAUCGAAUAAUUACUUUAUUAAAAAGAAACUUGAUUUAGUCAAUGAACAACUAUCAAAUAGAUCUCAGACGUAG